UUAGCAUAUCACAUAAUGAAGAUAAGCUGAUCCCUUCCAUGGUGCCAACUGUUCUACUUUCCACUACAUAUCCUUAUUGAGGAUAUAGAGGAAUGAAGUGACAUUUGGAAAUAUUUGGGGAAAAUAUGGAAUAUUGCAAGAAAAACAAGAACACUUAAGACCCUCCUCAGUGUACAUAGAGGAUGGCUGGAGUCAAAAAAGGUAGCUAUCCAUCUAAACAGAUAAGAGCUGGACUUGCACCACUGGCAUCAUUUGAAGAUUUGCCCUCAGAUGACCUUGAAAGCCCUGACAGUAUUAAAGAAGUGAAGCAAAGAGAUAUAAGUGGGCUACAACUUAGUGAUCUGAUCUCUGGUGGUGAUGGUUUCAGUUCUUCCACACCUAAAACCAUGACAUCAUCUGAAUUGUCCACUCCCCAGAUUUCGUCACCCACUGACAAUGAUGGCGAUUCUCAGUGUACUCUAACUCCAAGUGAUGGAGCAAAACUUUCAUGCUCUUCUGGAAAUGCAAGUGAAUUUAAAUUGCUGAAAGUAGGAGCAAAAGAAGGGAAGAGAAAGUCAUCAGCAGGAAGCUUGCUUUCUCCAACACCAGAUAGUCAACAUUCACCAGCAGAAAAGUCUCAUUCUAGAAAAAGUUCUUGGACAGACAUUUUUCGUGGCCGCUCUCCUCAAAAAUCUCCAAAGCUUAAAAAAAAUGAGAGUAUAUCUAGUGAUGAGAAAGAAAAAAGCCCAAAAAAGAAAGAGAAAAGUGGAUUUUUUUCAUUUCUUAAGGUAAGUGGAAGAAAAACUCCUGUGAGUAAAACUCCCACUCCACCAUCAUCUCCAGUUACUUCUACAAAAAGAAAAGAAGAAGAAAAUGAGUAUAAGUCUACUACUUCUGUUACUAUUGUACAUUCAGAUAUACCUCUUGACUCAUUUCAGAAGCCUGUUGAGCAAGAACAAGGAGAAAAAAGCAGUGUCUUUAUUCAGGAAACAGUAGCUCAAGUAAACUGUACAGCUACUAUGAAACCUGUACCAAACCAGGAAAAAAAGUAUGUUCCAUGUACUGACAAGACAGAAGAAUCUUCCAUUACACAAAAUCAGAAACAUGGUAGUGGACUUUCAUCUAGUGCUCCAGAUGUUCUUGAAUUAGUUAAAAGGCAGAAAUACUUAGAAGGUUAUAUAGAUUCUAGGACAUCAAGAAUGUGCCAAGAAGCAUCUGAGACUUCUGGAACCAUAAAAAUGAGACAUACUAACAAGAAGGAGUCACCAGAAGUAGUCUUUACUAUUGGAAAUGAAGAAUAUUACUCAUCAGGUUCAGAUAUAGAAAUAAAUGAGAUUACAAAACAUUUAAAGACAAAUGAAACAGAUGAUUAUGAUUGUGAAGCAGAAAUACUUCUUGCUCAAGAUUCUAUAGACUAUGAAGACUCUCCUCCUUUACUUGCCUCUCCAACGGGUACCAGUCUUCCAAAAGUAACAACUAAGCGACAGCAUCUGGAUGUUAAUACUGUUCCAGUUGAAAGACCUCGUAGCACAACACCAAUCAAUAUUGCCCCACUUGAAGCAUAUAUUCAAUCUGUUUCACCUUUGCCAGAUCCAAAUGUUGAAAAAAUUCAUCUCACCCUUCCAGGUGAACAGUUCAGUAGCAGACCCAAAAGUCCUAGGAAAGGACAGUUCAAAAAUUGGUUUGAUUUUUGUGAAGAAGGACUUCAAAGCCCAAGGGUGCGUAAAAGAUCUCAGAGUGGUGAUGAAUUUGAAUUUCUACCACAGAUCCAAUGUAUAACAAUUGAAGAUACUGAGCAGCAGAAGGUUGAUCACCCAUCAGUAGAUACAUCAGAUUUACUUCAAGAGCAAGAAAUUUCUGAAGAAUAUUCAGUAUCUCUAAAAACAAUGAAUAAAUCCAAUGAAGAGAGAGAAAACUUAGAGACAGUUGAUAAAAUGAUGCUUCAUAAAGAAGAAAUAAAGGACCAAACUUUUAAUAAUACAGAAGGGACCAAGAAUAUUUCAGACCAAACAAGUAAAGACAAUCAACCUGUGCAUUUGCAUUAUCAUGCAGACAACCAAACUGUUCCUUGCUCAUGUGAGUGCCAUAGUUGUGGAUGUGAUUGUCAUUAUAUAACUGUUGACCUUGUAGAGCAUAAAGCUUUCCAUGAUGUAGCUGAAGAAAACAAGAUGACAAAAGACAGCCAGAGUUUGGCUGGUGCAAGUGGUUUAGCAGUAAAGUGUACCUGUGAUUGUCAUAAAAACUCUAAUCAACCAUCAAGGAAAGAAGAGAUUGAAGGAAGUUUCACUUCACACCCAGGUUUUAAUCUCAAGCAACAAAGCAACAUGUAGUUGAAAUAUAUUGCACAUUCCAAACUGUACAGAAAAUUACUUGAUCUACCGAAGUGAAACCUCAAAAGAUUACCGGGGCUGCUCAGAAGUUUUAGUUCCUCUUCGCCCCGCUCGUGAUGGAGGUAAGGGGCCAUAUUUGUAAAAUAAGCAAUUUUCGACGGGUUUAGUUUUAAAUAAAGGAACCAUCAGUAGCGCCCUCUAGAAUGCAUAUGUUUUACUACAACUAGCACUUACAGUCUAAGAGUCAUAUUUUUUAUUUCUCUUGAUAAGCAAAUUCAGAAAUGGUUUUUCAGAGUUUUUCCAAC